AGAAGAUAAUAAGACUGAUCAAAUCUGUUACAUGGCGGCUACAACGAGCUCCGGCGACGAACCACCGGAAACGAAAUCGGCGGCGCAAUUGAUUCCAUUAUUAUCAGACGACGUUGCUCUGAAUUGCCUUGCUCGCGUCUCAAGAUGUCACCAUCCGAUCCUCUCUCUCGUCUCCAAGACUUUCCGAUCUCUCCCAACAUCGCCUUUGCUCUACGCCACGAGAUCUCUCGUCGGCGCCACUGAAAACAUCCUCUACGUCGCAAUUCGUUUACCUCCUGAAUCUGGUGCGUGUUGGUUCACUCUUCUCCAUCGAACCUUAUCGAGCUCAACGAAUUCGAAAAUGCUUGUUCCAAUCCCGUCUUGUCCUUCACCGUCUCUUGUUGGAUCUGCUUACGUUGUGGUAGAUUCAGAUAUUUACGUGAUCGGUGGAUCUAUCAGAGACGUGCCUUCUUCGAGCGUCUGGGUUCUCGAUUGCAGAUUUCAUACUUGGCGACGAGUCUCUAAUAUGAGAGUAGGUCGUGAAUUUGCAGCAGCUGGUGUAAUCGAUGGGAAGAUUUAUGUGAUUGGAGGAUGUGUGGUUGAUAAUUGGGCCCGAUCGAUUAAUUGGGCAGAGAUGUUUGAUAUAAAGACUCAAACUUGGGAGCCAGUGGCUAGUCCAGGCAUGGAGGUGCGUGAGAAAUGGAUGCACGCAAGUGCGGUUAUGGAAGGGAAGGUUUACGCAAUGGCUGAUCGAAACGGUGUUGUUUACGAGCCCAAGGAAAAGAAAUGGGAUAUGCCUGAGAAGAGGCUUGAUUUGGGAUGGAGAGGAAGAGCUUGUGUGAUUGACAACAUAUUGUAUUGUUAUGAUUACUUGGGGAAGAUUAGAGGCUAUGAUCCAAAAGAGAGGAUUUGGAAAGAGCUGAAAGGUGUGGAAUCACUUCCAAAGUUUCUUUGUGGGGCUACUAUGGCGAAUCGUGGUGGAAAGCUUGCGGUUUUGUGGGAAGGUAAAGCUGGUAGUGGCGGUUCUAGGAGAAUGGAGAUUUGGUGUGCGGAGAUUGAUGUUGAAAGGCGUGGAGAAGGGGAUAUUUGGGGGAAAAUCGUGUGGUCUGGUACCGUGCUUACGGUUCCUAAUGAAUCUGCCAUUGUGAAUUGCUUGGCAGCUACAGUUUGAUGGUGAUAGAUGUCUAAUGUAUCAUCAUCCAUGCUACACGCUGAUCUGCUUUUGAUUCAGGGCGAUUGGUUCUGUUAUGUUUGUCUGUGAGUAACUGUCAUUGUGCACAUAGUGAUUUAGACGGUGUUGCCAGAAAUGGUGGAUCGACAAAGGGUAUAGCUUGGCCUGAGGCCCUGAGCCAAGAUGAAACAAAUCGCCGGUGUAAUGAUGGUUAUAGAUUUGCUUCUGUACCUUUUGAGGGUUAAAUCAACUUCUUCUGUCCAUUUCUUUUGUUAAAUUCAUAAGAAAGCUACUUUCAGA